AUGCCUCUAGACUCGAACUUGUUUGUCCUCCUCGUACGGCCGCGGACAGGCGCGCCAGGGCGUGUGGACCUCUUGGUGGACAACUCGGGAGCUGGGAAAGCGGAUGAGCCGGCGUACGAGGCGCGAAAGGACCCAUCGACCGGCACCAUCACCCUCGUCGACCCCUACACCGCCGCCGUCCUCGGCGAAUCCAACAUCGCUCCCCCUCCUCUCCCAAACGCCUCUGCAAACCCCAAACACCGCCUGAUCUCCCUCGACUCUCCGCCUGCUGAAGUACAUCUACGGAACAAGGCGGGACUGAGUUGGGCUUGGGAGAUGGAGUGGGAGGAGGUGCAGUAUGUAUGGACGAGGGAUAUCGUCAGUUUGGUCGGAGGGGAUCGAGGAUACACUCUCAGCGUGUCUCGAAGACCAGACCCGAACUACCCAGUGGUCGUCUUUCGUCCGGAGAAGAAAGGCGGAAACAUCGAAAUCCUCGAUUACAACCUCGCCCGCGUCGAGCCUGCCACAGCAGACCGCAAAGGCCUCGAGAUCGCCGCCCUCCUUGCCCUCUGCCACUUCAUCGACCACCUCUUCUCCCUUCCUCCUUUAACAGCCGCUUGUCCAGCGCUUACACCGCCAAUAGCGUCGACUAGCUCCGCUCCUCCCGCGUCAACCAAACCCGCUCCUCCCGUCGCUCCUCCGCCAGCGCCAGCACCGCAACAGAAGAAAGUCGGCCUCCGAACGCUCGCGACGAACGAAGUAGAAGUCACAGACCCCUCGCCCGCCGCUCUCGAUGCGUACUGCGAGCGGUGUCUCUCCCUCCUCUCCGACCCCUCCCUCCUAUACCUCGUCCUCUUUGCCUCUCCCUCCCCAAACUCGAAAGAAACAGUUCCAGCCGUCGCAGCACUCGCAGAGCGCGUCAAGCGCAGGCGAUACAAGACCAGCGGAGAGGAGGUGCGAUUGUUUGUCGAUGAUAGCGGAGCGGCUGGGUCCGCUACGGAGGGCGGAGGGAAGCGAAGAGAGGGUAAAGGAUCUCCCCUCGCGCCGCCCGACUCGCUCAAGAUCUACCUCUCGCGAAUAGACAUGUCCGACUUGCUUCCGAACCACCAUCGCCGGCCUUCGACGACGCCUGUCCGGCCUGUUAUCAGCUUCGAUGAGCGGACGGGCGGGGGAAAGGAUGGGAAGCAGAAUGGAAAGGGGGAGGAGGGAGGAGGAUGGAGGGGGUGGUUUGGGCUGCCCUAG